AUUUCUCUCGUUUCGUUGCUACCUGAAGCCCUUUAUACUCUCUUUCAGCCUCAUAAGCUCCGAAAUAUUUUUGGAAAAUUUCAGGUAUGUCAACAGAGACACUGACACAAUUAGUAGGCAUUGUUGUGGAACCGAGUUUACAAAACCCAGACCAUUUUCCUCAAGUUGAAUGUCGUCCCACUUCCAAGACAGUUUUGCCACUUGACAGAAAAAAGAGAAAGGACUACCGUGACUUGCUUGUUGCCACUCUUAAGGGUGAUUGGGAAACUGCUAAGCCCAUCCUCGAUAAAGAUCGUGGCAUGGUUCAUGCUAGAUUGACGAAAGGAGGGGACACAGUGAUUCACGUAGCGGCUUUGGGAAAAUGCACAUCUUUUGUGAAAGAACUAGUGGAUUACGUGACCGUGGAAGAACUAGCCGUAGAAAAUGCAUCUAAUGAUGUAGCCCUUGUCAAUGUUGCUGCAUCUGGAAUGGUUGAGCUUGCAAAGUUAAUGGUAGAAAAGAAUAAUGAACUGCCGAUGUGUCGCGGGAUGGCAGAUGGCAAUUAUGGAUCGUUACCAUUUGCCGCGGCAGCUGCAAUUGGACACAGAGAAAUGGCAAGAUAUCUCUACAGCGUGACAGGCUUUGAUCAUCUAGUUGGAAAGGAGCGCACUAGGCUUUUUUUUUUCUGCCUUUCCAACGAUCUGUACGGUAUGACUAAUGACUACACUCUUUAAUGCUUUCAAAUUUGUCUUUACAAAUUAAAACAUGCUUCUUAUCUUUCUAGUGUUAAUAAUUUAAAUAUGUACAUUAAUAAAAGGUAACCAGCACAUGCAACUUAUGGGUUUCGACAAAAAUUAUGUCUAUAUCCAU